AAGCGGACCCCGGGUUGGUGUUUGUAAACUUGCCUCGGUCCCGGCGGGGGCAGCGGCAGCCAAGGGGUUGGCACGGUGUGCUGGGGCCUGGAGGAGGCGUCGCGCGGCGGGGGACACAGCGGGAGGCCGUGCCUGGCAGGUUUCUGAAACAGAUCGUGAACUUCAUCAAGAGAAUCAGUUGGAAAACCAAGACUGGCAGACCCUUUUUCUUCAGACAAUAGGCAGGAGCCAGAGUCCAGGGAUUCUUGGAACAUCAAUCUUCCCUUUGGAGCACACUAAGUUAUAUUCGAAGACAAAGGGAGUUCAAUAUGGCAGCAGGACUGAAGGGACAUGAAGGAGUUGUUACAGUGAUUUGGUGACAGUUCUUCAAACAGCAGUGUCUUAAGGAAAGGUGGAUCAAGAAACUUCUGAACUUUGGGGUUGCAUUGAGUGAGAAAUCAGCAUGGCUCAGGCAAGUCUCCUGGCUUGUGAAGGCCUAGCAGGUGUGAGUUUGGUUCCCACUGCAGCCAGCAAGAAGAUGAUGCUGAGCCAGAUUGCCAGCAAGCAGGCCGAGAAUGGAGAGCGGGCAGGUAGCCCUGAUGUGCUGAGGUGCUCGAGUCAGGGCCACCGAAAAGACAGCGAUAAGUCCCGGAGCCGCAAAGAUGAUGACAGCUUGGCUGAGGCCUCUCAUUCAAAAAAGACUGUUAAAAAGGUGGUGGUAGUGGAACAAAAUGGUUCUUUUCAAGUAAAGAUUCCCAAAAAUUUUGUUUGUGAGCACUGCUUUGGAGCCUUUAGGAGCAGUUACCACCUCAAGAGGCACAUCCUAAUUCAUACUGGUGAGAAACCAUUUGAAUGUGACGUAUGUGAUAUGCGCUUCAUCCAGAAGUAUCAUCUGGAGCGUCACAAGCGUGUGCACAGUGGCGAAAAGCCCUACCAGUGUGAAAGGUGUCAUCAGUGUUUUUCUCGGACAGAUCGAUUACUCAGACACAAACGGAUGUGCCAAGGGUGCCAGUCCAAGACUUCCGACGGGCAGUUUUCUCUAUAGGUGCAAGGGGUCCUGGGUGGUGGGAGUGAUCAGAAGAACCUACCGAAGAGCGCACCCUCUCUGGUCUGAUGGUCCCACCACCAACCCGUGUGUACCUGUCCCCUCCUGGAGGAGUGGACCCAGGAGACCAGAAGAGUGCAUCAGGGGACAGUGGCCCCAGAGCCUCAGCUCUGUAAAUAAUCUGAGACUAUGAGUAUCUCGGGGAAGUUCCUACAGCAUUCCUGGGUAGGGAAGCUAGUCCCUGGACCCUUGGCUGAGGUCAUAGAUGGGGGACUCAAGUUACAGGACCAAGACUGAAGUGUGGCUCCCACAACCUUGGACUCCAGCUGGCAGCUGAAAUGGAAAAGAUUGGGGAGAGGGAUUUGUUUGUUUGUCCUGUUCUUAUUUUUGUUUAUCCAAAAGCAAUUUCAGCAGGUACACUGUGUAUACAGGUAAUCUGGAGGCAUAGAGUCUUGGUCAGAGGGACUGUGGGUAGUCCAACCUUUCCCCCAAAUUGAGUUUUUAGUUGCAAUUGAUACUCAGUGUUCCACAGCCCUGCCCCUCACCUCCUGUUUGCAGGAGAAUAGGAUGGGGGGUGGCAGUUGAGCUUACUCUGGCCUCCUUAUACACUGUAGGGACAAAAGGAAGAACAGUAGGAGGAGCAGACGAGGGCUGGAUCCAAGAAGAGUGGACAGGUACCUCUGAUUUCCUCCGGGGAAGAGGAAGAGUUGUGCUCCUGGGUGUGACAGUGGCCCAUAACACACUGGUACUGAUGGGGUCAGCUCAAGUGCCUUGUGGAGGAAACUUGGGUGAGAGUGGCCGUGAAGCCCUUUCCUUCUCUCUUGGGGCCGUUGGUCUCGGAUAUAGUGUGUGGCUACCUCGCUGCCAUGGACUCCUAAGCCAGACGCGUUGAGUGGGGAGUCAUGGAUAUGAAAGUGGGUUCUCUCUCCUUGUGCCCUCUUAGGAACUACCCAAACCUAGUCCUAAGUUGAGUAACAACUGUUGAAGAAACAAAGGAAUUUGGUGUCCCCUGACGUGACUGUUGAGCAGCGUGCGCUGUUCUCCCUGCCCAAGUCCUAUCACUGUAUUCAGGGAGGAGGUAGGGGUCUGGCCUUGGGUUCCAAAGAACAAGAUCUUGGCUUCCUUCUUGAUGGCCAUCCCUUCCCAACAAAUUGGGGGUGAGGGUGCUGGGCGCUGCAGAAAAAGGACUGAGGAAGAAACCUAAUGUAGGUUUUAUUCUUAACGUAUUCUCUGCUCCAACACCACCACCCUAUCCAGCCUCACAAAAGUGAUCAGGGUGUGCGUGCGUGCGUGCGUGCGAGUGAUGUGAUGUGAGCAUGUUUGUAUGCUUGGAGAUGGCAUAUUGAGCCAAGCCCUUCUCUGGCCCCCUCCUCAGGAGGAUGAGCAUAAAGCCUCUCCCUGCCCCAAACUUGAAGGGUGCUUAAGGUUCCCGCAGGAGCUGAGGAACUCCAUUUAGGGGACUGGAGGGCUUUGUUUUCGAGGGGUUUCUCUAGAUUGAUUCAACAGGAUAGCGGUUACAGUGUUUCUAACCCAAGCUAGAGGCUUGUGAACAUGAAUUUUCUUAAGUGAAAUAAACCCUCUUUCUUCCUGCUAAGGAAAGA